AAGUCAAACGGUUACCAUUAAUUUAAAAUAGAGGAAACACCAAAUCGGGGUUACAUUGUUUUUUUUAGUUCAACACUUCAACUUCCCUUGGCACUAUCAUUUCCUCUUUCGCUCGUUUGUGGGCAUUGUGGCGCUGCUAACUGCUAUUCAUGGCUUUCAUCAUUCGAAGACGUUUUUCUGAUGCACCAUCAAUGGCAGCUUCUGCAAUAACGGGUAACAAGCUUUCAUCUUUAUUUCAUGUAGAUCCUUCCGAACUUACUCCCAGAAAAACUACUCUAAAUUCAAUGUCUCAAUCUGAAGAAGGUACCCAAUUGCUUCAAUGGUUAAGUACUACUUGCAAAUCAGGCAAUAUCACUAUAGAAGCAAAAUCUUUAUUUGAUCAUAUGAUUCAUUUACACCCCACCCCACCAAUUUCGUCUUUCAAUUGUUUGUUGGGUGCUAUGGUUAAAAGUAAGCAAUUUCAUCCUGUUAUUUGCUAUUAUAAACGAUUGAAUUCAAUUGGGUUGAUUCCCAAUUUUAUAUCCUUGAAUACUGUGUUGAAUUGUUAUUGUAGUAUGAAAUGUACUAGUGCUGGGUUUUCGGUUCUAGGGUUGAUUUUAAAGAAGGGUUUUAAGCCAAAUGUGAUGACAUUAAACUUUUUGGUUAGAGGGUUGUGUUUGGAGGUCAAAAUUGGUGAAGCUGCUGGUUUGUUUAGGAAGAUGGUGCAUUUGGGUUGUAAGCCAAAUGUGGCUACUUGUGGGAUUUUGAUCAAUGGGUUGUGUAGGACGGGGAAUGCCAAAGCCGCGUUGCGGUUGCAUCGAGAAAUGGGGAAUGGGAAACUUGGUUUUGGUUUUAAACCUAGUUUAGUGUCUUAUACUGCUCUUAUUGAUGGUCUUUGUAAAGCAGGAUUUGUCCAUAAGGCGAAAACAUUGUUCAUGGAAAUGAAAUCCGAGGGUAUUUCUCCCGAUGUUGUGGCUUAUAGUUCUUUGAUUGAUGGGUUUUGUCAUUUUGGGACAUGGAAAGAGGCAAUAGGAAUUUUUAACGAAAUGUUGGACCAACGUAUCCAGCCUAAUGUGGUGACGUUCAAUAUGCUCAUUAGUGUGCUUUGCAAAGUUGGCAAAGCAAAAGAAGCGAAAGGACUGUUGGAGAAAAUGAAGGAGCUAGGUGUGCUUCCUGAUGUGUUUACACAUAACACACUUAUAGAUGGCCUCUGUUUACUUGGUAAUGUUGAUGGUGCAAGAGAAGUAUUUGACUUAUUAGCAAGUAGUAGUGAUGGUUGCGAUGUAAUUAGCUACAAUACUUUGAUGAAUGGAUAUUUUAGAAACCGGAACGCAGAUGAAGCAAUGAAGCUAUAUGAAGAUAUGGUUAGUAAAGGAAUUAAGCCAACAAUUGUAACAAUGAAUACCUUGCUAACUGGUCUUCUUAGAGGUGGAAGAGUUGAGGAUUCUGGAAGAAUAUUUGGUGAGAUAAGAGAUCUUGGCCUCGCACCAAAUUCAGUUACCUAUACCAUAUAUUUGGAUGGGCUUUGCAAAAACGAUUGCCUUCAAGAGGCAUUGGAACUUUUUAAUACUUUAGAAGCUCGUGGUUCUAAGCUGGAAGUCAAGACCUAUAAUUGCCUCAUUGAUGGGCUUUGUAAAGCGAAGAACUUUGAAGCUGCCAAAGAGCUGUUCUCUAGAUUACCAUCUGUCGGUUUGCAACCGACAACUGUAACCUAUGGAGCCAUGAUCCAUGGGUUAUGCAUGGAAAGCAAAUUAGAAAAGGCUUACAGUUAUUUUGGAGAAAUGGAAGAGAAAGGUUGUGCCCCUAAUGAUUUUAUAUUCAAUACCCUCAUGCAUGGAUUUUGUAAGAAAAAUGAGAGCAAGAUGGUGGUGGAGCUUCUUCAAGAAAUGAAGAAAAGAAAACUUUCACCAGAUUUAUUCACUGCUUCUAUAUUGGUAGAUUUACUUUCUAAGAACGAAGAUCAUAAGAAGUUGCUCAAUAUGCUACCAACCUUUCCCAUGCAAGCAUCAGCAAAAAAGUCUUGAUGAUCUGACUAGGCUACAAAAUUCUUUCUCUUCUUACUUCUUUGAAAGUGAGAUUUGUCUACAGAGUAGCUGCUCUCUAUGGCAGAUUUGAGCUUACAUUUAACAGAUUGCCAUGGCCCACCCACUCACAUACCUAGGAAGCUGAUUCUUAUUUCAGUAGUCUUGGUGACUUCAAUUGUAAUAUGUACACACAGGCAGUCAUUUUCUGGGACAAUUUGAGCACAUCUGGUAGGGUCAUAGGGUGGUACUUGGUAGCACCUGUCUCCUUCGUAGUAUGCCAGUUUAUUUCCUACACGCUUUCAAGUUGAUACUAAGAUUCCAGGACGAGCAGCACCACUAACAAGGUUGAGGAUGCCCGUUGCUCUUACCUCUGUCAAUUGUAGGCUAAAUAUAAUCUCAUUUGGAUGCAUAUUAGUUCUUUGUAAAGCCAUUGGUCCUAUGUAGCAGUGAAAAAAAAAUGGAGGCAAAGUGACCGAGAACAAUUGGAGGCUGCCUAUUUUCUUGCCUGAGUUGGCGUUACAUGAUAUCAAGCUGUGAUGUAGAUUAUCGCUUGUCAUUCUGUAGAGACUUGCAAUGUGGCCCAUGGAAAUCAUGCUAUGAGAACAACUGCUUGAUCAAACUUGUAAGUUUACUGGUACUUUAAGCAUAAAUGAAUCUCAUUAAUAUUUUCAUUUAUGACAGAUAUUUAUCAAUCUUAGUAGACUCUCUGCACAAUCAAACUGAUUCAGGCAUUCCCUAUGCAUGUAUUGCUCGGAUCUUCUGUAGCAGCGAGUCUAAAGAGAGGAAUGUGAGGAGUAUGGUGAUCAAAGUAGCAUAGCAACCUCUUUUGAAAAAAACCAAUAGAGAAGAUCAAUUUGCUUUUAGCUGCAUUGGGACAAAGGGGUAGCAAAUUCCCUGAUGUCUUUGAAGAUCUGCAUGCAAAUGCUUACCAAAGAUUUUUGGUUGUGUGAGGAGGGAGGUUUGCAGUUUGGCAUAUGCGGAAAAUAACUUCUGGGUCGAGAAAGGCAGUGUUCCCACUGACUGGAUAUCUUUCAGCAAUGUCAAGCGAGUGACCUUGUAUGUUGUAUCAUAGGCAUGCCUGGUGAUUUAUUUCGGAAAUGGUGACAUAUAUGGAAGAUUCAGUGUGCUCAGGUUAAGGGUAAAUUUUCCGUGAUCAAAUUUAUACUGUAAACAUGUAAUAGAUCUCCCAGACAUGCUCAAGAACAUGGACACUGGACAGCAGCAGUAGCAUGGACAGCUGAAUCUAGAGAACUUAAUCAUUUAAGAGAAGUGGAGAGAAUCCAUGCAAGCACUUCCAAUCAAGCUGAAGGGAUGGCUAUGCUCAAAGCAAUCAAGGGAAUUCCGGAGAACUUUGGUAAUAUAAUUAUAAAUACGGAUUCUCAGCAGGUUAUUCAAGCUCUGCAGGACCGCAGUAAGGCGGAGGAGGAGCAGAAGCAUCUCAUCAAAGAUAUCAGAGAGGCUGCCAGCAAAAGAGAUUUCGUUGUUUGUAUAAAAGUGGAUAGACAAUCAGUCCAAGAGGCUCAUAAUCUAGCUGUGGAAUGCAGAAGAUAUGGGUAAUUCGAGAGGACUACUGUCUAUCUUUGUAACCACUGCCUAAAAAAAAAAAAAAAAACUGCUUGACACAAUGACACUGGUGCAGAAACUGCGGACUACUGUCUAUCUUUGUAACAGUAUACUAUAACAUUCUCAAUCUGUAACUUUCCAAAUUGUGCAUUGAAAAUCUUCUUGUAUGCCUAUAUUAUGAUGUUGCCUGGAAAUUAUUUUGACAUUUAUCUCAUUUCAGUGGAAUUGACUGCUCUUUAACCUUAUAACUAAAAUUACAGCCACACCCCAGCACAGCGCUGGAAGCUGCAAAAUGUUUUGUGAACAACUUGAAAAAUCAACUAGAAACCAAACACAAACACAAACACGACCCAUUCAUACAAUCGUCAACUCUUGAGACGUACAUGCCUGCAGUCUCAGCAGAAUUCUUU